CAGGCGGGCGAGAUUUUUCAUUUUCGGUUCCGGAGUGUUCCCCCCGCGCCACCCGGAUUUAUUAGGAAGCAACGGGGUUCGAUUUUUUGCUCCUUGGUUCUGUGGUGUCCUGUCACACACGUUCGUAGAAUUAUGUCCCUUCCGCCGUCGCGGUCCUCCUCCUCGUCGCAGUAGGCGUUUUUUUGGGGGAGAAAAUUUUUUUUGUAAAUUUUGUAGGGAAAAAAGGAAGAAAAUUGUUUUGUUGGUUGAUUUUUCUCUGUGAGAAAAGGAAGUGAUUGUAGUGUAGUGCAAGAGUUUAGUGAUAAUGUAAAGAGCUGUAGUGUGUGUCUGGGAAAGGCUUCCGUCGUCAAGGAUAAAGAAUUUUCAUCCUUGCCUGUCAUCGUCGUGGUCGUCCUGCGCCUGCUAAGAUUGUGUUCUGCUGGGGGAAAAGGGAAAGAAGGAAGAGGUUUUCUCUUGGGUGUGCGUCGCCUGCAGGAUCAGCAGCAGUAGGCUGUGGGGUGUAUCGGAUUCUACCAACAACAACAACAACAAACGCCACCCCGUCCAGGAGCGACCGCGGAACCGAACUCCGAGCUCUGAUGGUUCGCAACAAAUACUCGCUGAGCAAUGCUGGCAAGUCGCCGAGUAAGAAAUCCCGCACCAACAGCGCCAAACAGCACGACGCCAGUGAUAACGAAGGCGGCGGUGAAGGCUCGUCCGGAUCGGGAACCCUGACCGGAACCGAGUCCGGUGCCCCGAUGCGAUGUGACACCGUCCACAAGCAGAACCUUUACAUUAUUUCGUUUCCAGUUAUUUUCGUGUUCAACGUAGUGCGCUCGCUGCUCUAUCAGCUGUUUAUCAUUUUCCGUUACAUUUAUAAUUUUACCACCAAAGUGGUGUACCGGCCGGUGAAGAAGGAUUGCGGUCUGGAAAUCGUCAUCAACCACCAGCAGCAGCAGCAGGAAAGUCACCAGCACCAGCUCGAUCCACAGCUCAACAAUCCGCUGGUGCAUCAGUACGAUCCCCAGCAGCACCACCCGCUCCAGUAUUCGUCCAGUGGGGUGUUGGUGAACUCCGAGGGCCGGGACAUGAGUGGCGUCCAGCGGUCUGCGAGUGGAAGUCAGGUGGGACCGGGCGAUCCGCUGCUGGCCAAGCAGAAGCACCACCACCGGCGAGCGUUCGAGUACAUCUCGAAGGCGCUCAAGAUCGACGAGGAGAAUGAGGGCCAGAAGGAGCUCGCCAUCGAGCUCUACCGGAAGGGCAUCCUGGAGCUGGAGCGCGGCAUCGCCGUCGAGUGCUGGGGUGGCCGCGGCGAGGUGUGGGAACGGGCCCAGCGGUUGCACGACAAAAUGCAGACCAACCUGUCGAUGGCGCGCGACCGGCUGCACUUCCUAGAAUGCAUGCUAGAGGCUAACAAGCUAGAAAUUAGCGAAGCACACAAACUGCAACGCUCAAACACGUUCACGUUAAGCGUUGGCCAGCCGACGGUCCAGGUUCGGCACCUUCCAACGGCACAACCAGCACGACCAGCUGCUUCCAAUGCUCCCACCACCACCACUGCCACGAUCACUGUCAAGCGAGCACAGUUUAAGGUGCCACAUCCGGCGAAAGGAGCACUUUCACGACCAGCCACGGCCGGAAGAGGUCAGCAGCAGCAGGAGAACCGAGUUAUGACGUACGGUGAAAGCAAUGGCAAUGGGGGUGGUCGGAAUGCACCGGAACCGGAAGCUUCCGGGCGGAAAUUAACCGUCGGCUACAAGCGCCCCGGCAAUCUCGGCGUGAUGAACAAGUCACAGACGUUACCGCGCAGCAUGGGCGGCUCCAGAACGACCCCGACCGGUGGCAGCGGGGUUGCGGGGACGGGGUACGGUGUUGGACCUACCGCAACCGGAGCAGGUUGCACCGCAGGUGGUUGCAUGCCGAAAAUCGUGCCAAAACCAGCGGCGACGCCCCCGGCCAUCCGGCGACAAUUUUCGAUUCCAAGUGGUUCCCCGAUUCGUAAAGCAAGCAACGGUUACGGCCACAGCGGGGGCAAGAAUACUCCACCCCGGUCAAAGACACCGCUCGGGACGGCGCCCUCAAACAAUCAGUCCGGCCAGCAGCAGCAGCAGCAAAUCACCGUGAAAGGCGUCGAGCCCAAGCUGGUCCAGAUCAUCAUGGACGAAAUCGUCGAAGGAGGCGCCAAGGUCGAGUGGCAGGACAUUGCCGGCCAAGAAGUGGCCAAACAAGCCCUCCAGGAGAUGGUCAUCCUGCCGUCCGUCCGGCCCGAACUCUUCACCGGCCUACGAACCCCUGCCAAAGGCCUUCUCCUGUUCGGUCCACCCGGCAACGGCAAAACCCUCCUCGCCCGGGCCGUCGCAACCGAGUGUUCCGCCACCUUCUUCAGCAUAUCGGCCGCAACACUCACCAGCAAAUACGUCGGCGACGGCGAGAAGCUUGUCCGCGCCCUGUUCUCCGUCGCCCGCGAAAUGCAACCGGCCAUCAUCUUCAUCGACGAGGUCGAUUCGCUCCUGGCCGAAAGAAGCAGUGGCGAGCACGAAGCUACCCGCCGGCUAAAAACAGAAUUCCUCGUCCAGUUUGACGGUCUGCCCGCCAACUCGGAAGCGGACAAAAUCGUCGUGAUGGCCGCCACGAACCGGCCCCAAGAGCUUGACGAGGCCGCUCUGCGACGGUUCCCGAAGCGGGUGUACGUGACGUUGCCGGAUUUGGACACGCGGGAGUUGUUGCUGCGGAGGUUGCUUGAGAAGCAGAACAGUCCGCUGGACGAUGCCGACCUGAAGCGGCUCGCGAUGCUGACCGAGGGCUACUCGGGGUCGGAUCUGACGGCGCUGGCCAAAGAUGCGGCGUUGGAGCCGAUUCGAGAACUGAACGUGGAGCAGGUGAAGCACAUGGACCCAACGAAGUUGCGCAGCAUCCGCGAGAGCGACUUCCACAACUCGCUCAAGCGCAUCCGCCGCUCGGUCGCACCCCACUCGCUGGCCGCGUACGAAAAGUGGCUGCAGGACUUUGGCGACGUGACGCUGUAGACGGAGGGCGCCGCUAGACUGGCUGGUUCCAGAGCAACCGGACCUCGGUUUUGCAUUGUUUUUUUAGGUUCAAACAUACUCUCAUCCACUACCAAUACCAGUUGUAUGUUAUUGAGCAGAGGAAGUUAUGUUAAUUCUGUAAACACACAAACUAUUAGAGCAUAAUUUUGCUGGCUGCAGGAAGUGCUCGAGCGCUUUCUUGCUGGUUCAGUUUGCCGCCAGCGCAGUUCAAUCAACAGCUAGAGAAUCGUAACUAGACGUUUAGAAGGUAGUGUUAGGUCUUCUUGCCGAUAUGCCAAUCAUUCGUGCGCGUUAUCUCCUUACUCUAUCCGCUGUAGUGUAGUAUGUAGUAGUUUCCUCGAUAAGUUUCAGUUGUUAAACGUUGUAAAUAGUUUUCUUAAAUGUGCACACGCUAAAAUUAAAACAUACUCAUUAUAGUAGAAACCAAUAAAACGCUAACCUACACAAAACAUCAAACAUUGUUUGACUAUUUUGACGAUUAAAAGCUAGAAAUUAACCUAGAAUGCUAGUCCAAGAACAAAAAAAAAAACGGGACAACAAAAAAGACAUUAGUCAGUAUUUGAAGCGGUCGAGACUCGAGAAACAGUAGAACAACAAUUUAUGGUUUUUACCGCGCGGAUGGAAAACUAAUAAUUUUGUGGUGCUAGGCGUGUUUGUGGAACAAGUGACAAAUCGAACGGUACAAUUUUACGGCACAGCAAAAGUAAACAUACAUUUUAACAUCAACAUCGAUCGUCACCAACUGCAUCAGCAAAGCUCAUUUUUUAAACAAGAACAAGCCGCUAAAAAAUUGCACAAAACGUUACAACCCCGUUGCCUUUUUGCCACAGUUGCUAAAGUUUUCUAUACACACAUACUACCACGCAAAAAAAAAACACUAUUGUUUGUCGAAAAUUUUGCAGCCGCGUUGAGUUGCUAAAAAAUUAAGGAUUUUAAAACCACACACAAAAUCACACUAAGAGCGAAUCAGUAUUCUGCGCAUGAGAGAUCAGUUUUGCGAUACUUAAACUAAAGCUUGACUUUUGUUUCAUUUAGCAAUUUAAUCACAACACACUUACACACACUAGUUGAGUAGCAAUGACUUCACACUAGUCAAAAUGUACAAGUUACGUUAUCGUUCGAUCAGGACGCGGUUCAAGUUGUUCAAAGAAAAAGGUGAAAGGAAGAGAACAAAACAAACAAGGAAAACAAACUAGCUUUUGUAAUUUUAUUCUUCUUGCAUGUGGAAAAGAAGAAUGCAACUCCGAACAAAUCGAAAAGAGCAACACACUUUCCUGUACGGAAACAUGAUCAAAAUAUUGCGCAGUGCAUUAUUGUAAUAAAAAUGAUAAGAAACUUACAAGGAUAAUUGUUCCCAGCAGUGAGGAAAGAAAGAAGAAAAACAGCAAAAAUAUUAAUAAAAAUCAUGAUGAACA